GGCUAAGGCGCUGCCAUCGCUGUUCCACGGUUAUGCUUCCCACCUGACAGUUGUUUGUUUACCUCAGGCUGGCGCGGAUAAAUCAAACGUAAAACAAGUGAUAGUUGAGAGGGCAGAGUGCAGUGAUUUGAAUCAGUACCAAGAAUCAGAGCAAACGCGAGAGACGUUGUACGAAUUUCUGUAGCAAAAUGGCAUCCGGCGGCUUGGCAUGUGUCAAAUAUUUGACAUUCUUUUGCAAUCUCCUAUUUGCGCUCACUGGACUGCUCAUCUUUCUGGUGGGUGGCAUGGUCCAAUUGAAUUAUGCCCACUAUUCGAACUUUGUUAGUGAUCAUAUAUGGACCGCACCCAUUAUACUGAUGAUUGUGGGUGCCGCUGUGGCCGUCAUUUGUUUCCUUGGCUGUUGCGGUGCCUUGAAGGAGAGCAGCUGCAUGAUCCUGAGCUUUGCCAUACUCGCUGUGGUCAUAUUCCUGUUCGAAAUAGGUCUGGGCGUGGCCGGGUAUGUGAAGCAUUCGGGCUUGCAGCAGCUAAUGGAGGGACAAUUCAAUUCGACCAUGAGGCAUUACAAGGAGCGUAAGGACUAUCAGGAUGCUUGGACCCUGUUGCAAACGGAAUUGGACUGCUGCGGCACUUAUGGACCCAACGACUGGGAGGUCAUUUACUCCAACAAGACCCUGCCGCCCGCAUGCUGCUCUGUAAUUAAUUUGAGCGAGGCCAAGGAGUGCACUGUGGUGCAUGCCACACAGAAUGGUUGCUUGCAGAAGCUCUUGGCCAUUUUGGACUCGAAGACAUUGAUCUUGGCCACUGUGGUGCUGGCAGUGGCGGGAAUACAGCUUUUGACCAUACUCUUUGCCUGCUGCCUGUAUCGUUCGUUUCGCCGGAGCUACGAUCACGUUUAGAUUGCGCAGCGAUGAUCCCGUCUGUCGACUUUGAAGCGGGUAGAAGGAAAGAACAAAGGAAGAACAAUUUUCGUAGUUUGUAGUUUGUCAUAUGCAUGCAAGAUUUCUCGUUUCCGUCUCUGAAUCACAAGAAUCACACACUCACAAAACACAUCACAAACCACUCAUGCGCCCACUGAAGGCUGAUUCUGGCAUAAAAAUAUUACCUGUACGAUUUCUAAAUAUUCGUAUUUAUUUCGCCUGAAGUUUAAGACAUUAUUCUUGCCAGUUUUCCAAUCAUUCCUUUUUUAAAAAUGCCUUUUUGUUAACCAUUUCUGCAUUUGUUAAUUUUAAUUGUUACCGCAUUUCUUGAAUAAUAUUUUGCCACCAAACUAAGUUUAAGUCUCUCAAUGGCAAAACAUAUCUCUCUCAAAUAGAAAUGAAAACAUUUUUGUUGAAAGAUACGAAAAAAUGUAUAUUAUUUUUCUCAUACCUUUCCUUACCAUACCCAAAAUGCCACCCAACCACAUCACAUGUUCUCAUAUACAUAUCGAAUUAUAUACCAAAUAUCCAUCAAAUAUUCUCAUUCGAGUCGGUCAAAGUGUCCUUGCAACGAUUUUAUAUACGAUUUUUCUAGGAUUUGUGUGCAUUUAGAAACUAUAUAUAUAUUUUUAUGUAUAUGCAGGGGAUGUAAUGUGGCUUAUUCCUAACUCCCUAGAAACCCCCACCAGUUGAACCUUAUUUUAAAAAUCUAUGUGUACUCGUUCGUCGGUAGAAACUAUUAUUACAAUUAAAUCUAUAAAUCAUUUAUAGCCACAAUAUACCACUCACAACAAACACAGAUCACACACAUAAAUAUGUAUACUAUAAUUAACAAUAUAUAUACUCAUACAUACAUGCAUAGAAAAAUGCUUUCAAAAUCGAAUUUACAUACAAUUUUGAGAUCGAAUAUCCCAUUGCAUACCACAGAAUUUGCAUCUCCGAGCCUUUAAUAAUGGACGAUCAAAAAACAUUGAAUCGGUGUUUGAAAUACUUAUUAAAAAACGGCAUAUUUGCAAUACACAAUACAUCAAUAAUUGUCUACAAAAGCAAGUGUAAAACUGAAUAAAUGAACAAUUUUAAAUCGAAAA